AUUAAUCUGACGUCCUGCUGCUGUUCCCUCCAAUCCAACGAACUGACCACAACCACCUAAGCUAAAAGCUAACCACCAGACCCCCGGCCAUGGCGCUCGCGCCCACUUCCGCUGCCGUGCUCAAGACCCCGUUCCUCGGGGCCAGGCGCGCGCUCGCCAAUGCCGCCGCCAAGCCCGCGCCUCGCCGCGCGCUGGUCGUCGCCGCCGCGGCCGCCGCCAAGAAGUCGUGGAUCCCGGCCAUCAAGAGCGACGCCGAGAUCGUGAACCCGCCCUGGCUCGACGGCUCGCUCCCCGGCGACUUCGGGUUCGACCCGCUGGGGCUGGGCAAGGACCCGGCGUUCCUCAAGUGGUACCGGGAGGCGGAGCUGAUCCACGGGCGGUGGGCGAUGGCGGCCGUGCUGGGCAUCUUCGUGGGGCAGGCGUGGAGCGGCAUCCCGUGGUUCGAGGCCGGCGCGGACCCGAGCGCCAUCGCGCCCUUCUCCUUCGGGUCGCUGCUGGGCACGCAGCUGCUGCUGAUGGGGUGGGUGGAGUCGAAGCGGUGGGUGGACUUCUUCAACCCGGACUCCCAGGCCGUGGAGUGGGCCACGCCAUGGUCCCGCACCGCCGAGAACUUCGCUAACUUCACCGGCGAGCAGGGCUACCCGGGCGGCAAGUUCUUCGACCCGCUCGGCCUCGCCGGCACCGUCAAGGACGGCGUCUACAUCCCCGACGUCGACAAGCUCGAGCGGCUCAAGCUGGCCGAGAUCAAGCACGCCCGCAUCGCCAUGCUUGCCAUGCUCGCCUUCUACUUCGAGGCUGGGCAGGGCAAGACGCCGCUCGGCGCGCUCGGCCUAUGAUUUGCAUGCUGCCGGCGACCGAGUCAGUUAUCGAUUGCGCGGGGUGGGUGAGCUCCUAGGGACGUACGGCUGCAGGGGAUCAGACGCCUUGCCUCGCAGAUUGGAGGCGAAAGAAGAGCGUAGCAGCAAUCUACUGUCUGUGUUGGUGGUUUAGCGUGCGUGAACCAGAUGGGGUGUUCCUCUCUGUUUUUUCUUUCUUUCUUUUCUGUGUAUGUAUCAAAUGUAUGUACCAUGUAAUGUAUAGUAUGGAUCGAUUUCAUUGCAUUAA